AUGAAUUCUAUCAAAGAUAAGAGGGAUAGCAAUCAUGAAAACAGUAAUGCAAUUCCUAAAGAUGCAAAAUGUAUACUGGAUGAUUGGGUCCAGUCGAGACGGAAGUCUAUUUCUUAUGAACACGCUAACAAAUAUGGCCCUGACCAUGCUUUAAGAUUUGAAGUUGACCUGUACAUUGGUGGUGAAAUAAUAUCAUCAGGAUUUGGGACUAGUCUACAAAGGGCAGAACUGGACGCUGCAAACAAAGCUGUACAACAGAUAUCAGAAGAACGUGGGGGUUGUUAUCCUAAAACGAAUUUCCCCAGAUAUUUACGCUUGCCACCUUAUGAUGAACUAGCGAUGAUCACUCAUAAAACAUUUGAAUCCGUAACACACAAUGUCAUCGUCAGUAUCGAUAAAGAAUCGGUGGUAGCAUCGAUUAUCAUGGAGAAUUGUCUGACUGGUCAGAAAACUGUCCUAAGUCUUGGAUCUGGUAAUGUUUUUGUAGAUGAGGAAUCUUUGGAAAAUAACGGAGAAACUGUUAUUGACUCACAUGCUGAAAUUAUUGCUAAAAGAGGAUUUCAAAGGGUAUUAUAUAAAGAAGUAUGCCGAUUAAAAAAAGAAGGAAAAGAUACACUUGGAAUGCUGAAAGUUCUUCCCAAUAAAAGGAUAGCUUUACAAAAUGGUUUAAAACUCCAUCUAUUUAUAUCAAAGGCUCCGUGUGGAGACGGCAGUGUCUUUACAUUAAGUCAGCCUGGUUCCCUUACUGAUACAGGAAAUAUCCAUCUUCCCAUUCAAGCAGACAAGAAGCAAGGACUGUUGCGAGCUAAAAUCGCCAGAGGUGAAGGUGCCAUACCUGUAAGUGAGUUACCAGAUGAUAGACUACAUAAGAUGUCAUGUAGUGACAAGAUCUGUAAAUGGAAUGUACUAGGACUCCAGGGUGCUCUCUUAUCCAGUGUAAUGGACAGUCCACUUUUUCUUUCCUCUGUAGUCGUCGGUGAUGUCUACAAUUUCAAUCAUUUGUCCAGAGCCUUGUGCUGUCGAGUAAAGAAACAGGCUCCAUGUAUAUCUAGUGAAACGAGCGCCAUAAUAGUUAAUCACCCAGACAUUGCUAUAUCUACUAUAUGUGAUUUACCCGAGAUAGGAAAAUCCAAGCCAGUCAGCGUAAACUGGAAUAUUGUUGAUGACACAACUGAAGUUACGAAUGGUAGAACUGGAAAAGUUAGCCCUGAUUUAUAUUUAACGUCACCGCUACCAGAUUCAUGCAUUUAUUCAAGACUGUGCAAGAAAGAAUUAUUUUGUCUGUAUAAAACAAUAACACAACCCCAUAACGGACUUCUUCAUCAACGUCUGGACAGACACAUAGAUUACCAUACGGCAAAACUAUCAGCUGAACAAUAUCAAAGAAGAAAAACUGAUUUGUAUAGUACCUUUAAAGAGAAAGGUUAUGGUAUGUGGGCAGGAAGAGAAGAUGUUGAUCAGUUUAUUGUUUAGAAUGUAAUAUGAACCACU